AUGGCACAACAAAAUGACUCUAAAGUCACCAGUGCGGACGCGCAGUCAGCGUCCGACCCCGUGAACGCCUCAUCAAACCCGGAUCCUUCAUCCAAGGACCCGGGGGCUGAUAUGGCUGCAGGCUACGGCACGCGCUCCCGCAACAGAGGGGGAAAUGCCCGCAUUAACUAUGCAGAAGAUAGAGACAUCGACAUGGAUGUCUACGACUACUAUGAAAAGAAGGACCAAGAUGCGCCCAAAAAGUCGUCGCGAAAAUCAGACGUCGCUGCAAAUGGCGACAGCGCGGCACGUGCUGUUGGUUCGCGACGAGUUGCAGCAGAAGAGGCCAAAGCAGUUGGUGCACCUAAUCAAAAUGGCUCCAAGAGCUCGACACCAAGUGGUGUUGGCGUUGGCGGCGGAGCAUCUCAAGGCGCGCCGACGUCUGGCGCGGCGCAGGGCUCCCGGAAACGAAAAGCGGCUGCGACGACGGCAGUCUCUACGAAAAAAGCAGGACAGAUGGGACAGUCAGAAGGCACGCCCUUCCCAGAGACCAACAUGCUGACGUUUGAGAACUGCAACCACCGCGCGGACGCGAACGGGCGCAUGGUGGCCGACGACGGGACCGUGUUGGAACCAAAUGGUGAGUGCUUGACGGACAAGAGAGACACGGAAGACACGGACAGGGACACGGGCGCACGCCAAGGACGCACGGCGCUCUCGAGUGAGGGCGAGGGCGAGGGUGAGGGUGAGGGUGAGGAUCAUGUGUACCUCGUGUGCGAACCGCCGGGGGAACCUUAUUACUUGGGUCGCAUCAUGGAAUUUUUACAUGCGCAUGCAAAGGGCGAGUCGUUGAAACGCGUCGACUCGGUGCGCAUCAACUGGUUCUACAGACCAAAGGACAUUGGGCGCAAGAACACCGACACACGCUUGCUCUUUGCCACGAUGCAUUCCGACAUCAGCCCUUUGACGGCACUGCGCGGAAAAUGCCAGAUCCGGCAUCGCGUGGAAAUCGACAACCUGGAGAGUUACCGCAGAACGCCCGACUGCUUCUGGUACGAAAAACUGUAUGACCGAUACAUUCAGAAGAACUACGACCUCAUCCCGACGUCGACUAUUGUGAACGUGCCCGACAAGGUCAAGAAGGUCCUGGAUGAGCGCUGGAAGUUUGUCCUGGUGGAGCAGGGGCGUGGCAAGGAGCUGACUAGCGCCGUGAAGCUCUGCAAGAGAUGCAGUGGCUAUUGUGCGAGCAAUGACUCGGUGGAUUGUGCAGUGUGUCAGAACACGUACCACAUGAAUUGCGUCAAGCCACCCCUGCUCAAGAAGCCAUCCCGAGGCUUCGCAUGGUCGUGUGCAGCAUGUAGCCGAGCACAGGAGCGCAAGCUUGAGGCGCGAAACACCCCCAAUGGCACUGAUACCAAUGGCGAUGUUGGCGACGAUGAUGCCAUGGACGAUGAUGACGACGAAAUUCCCGGCAUAAUCACCGACCGCACCACUCCGGCUGAUAACGACGAGCAUCACCACGGCACAGCGGAGCAGAUUUAUCAAGCGAGCCUUUGGCCAUGGCGCUACCUGGGCAUGCACUGCAAACCGGAGGAUACUCUUGACUACGAUGACCGCAUACACCCUCGUGCGAGCACAAGAAUUGGACCCCGACACCAAGCAAACGUGGGUAUUUGGCCCGGCCGCCCGGUGGAAUAUGUCAAGCCACUGGAGACGAGAAAGGGACGGGGGGCGCCCAAAUUAUCAAAAGAAGCUCAAGUCGCUCAGGAAGCCGAGAAGGUGCUCAGGACCAAGCGACCCAAGUGGGUGCAGGAUGAACCCCCUGGUUAUCAGGUUCGUGGAGAAGACUUGGACGAGGACGACCCAGCCGCCACGUCUACGCGCCUUUGGGUGCCGCCACCGUCCGAUACCGUCAGCCGUGAGGACGUUGUCAGCUAUAUGGCCAAGGCUCAAGGUAUGGCCAAGAGGCUCAAUGUCCCGGAACGAUCCACAAAUCUUCAAGAUGUUGCGCUGGAGACAUUAUUUCGCCACGACUAUGAUUCUGCUGGCGCGUUAAAGGCACUUCCAGACACCAAACGGGACUUAUUCAAGGAGCCGACCUUGACACCAGCUGAGAGUAGGAAGUUCGAGGAGGGAGUUGCCAAGCAUGGCUCAGAGUUGCACCUGGUAAUGAAACAUGUGAAAACCAUGACACCGGGUGCGGUGGUACGGUGGUACUACACCUGGAAAAAGACCGAGCGGGGCAGGCAGGUCUGGGGGUCUUACUCUGGCCGCAAGGGCAAGAAACUGGCCAAGAAGGAAGAGACUGCGGCUUCCAAGGCGGCCGAUGAUGUGGCUGACGCCGACGACGAUUCAGCUUUCGACACCGAAAAGGCCCUUGUCCAGAAGCGCAGCUUCAUUUGUCUGUUCUGUGAGUCGCAAGAUUGCCGACAAUGGCGCCGAGCACCCGCCAGUCAGGGCCCCCUUAGCGAAAACGGAGGCAGGGCGACCAGCAAGGACAAGGGCAAGGAGUCUGUGGUGGCCCUGUGCCGACGUUGCGCUGAGCUGUGGCGCCGAUACGCUGUUCGAUACGAGCCCCCGGAAGAUUUGAUCAAGAAAGCUGGUCAAUCUGGAGCCAAGAUUUGGAAGAAGAAGCAGGAAGAGGAGUUGCUCAAAGAGAUUCAGAUUGCGGAAGACAUGGGCUUGAUGACUCCUCAUCGUAGCUCCACGCCAGCUGCUUCAGUCAACGGGUUGGAGCCUCCCAGAAAGAAGUUGAAAGGGGCGCCUGAGAAGGACACGGAUGCCGCAGUCUCGGAUGCCGGAAGCAACACCACUGCGUCAAGGAAGAAGGACAAAACCGCGGACACUACACCUGUUCCCGACCUGCCAAAGCCGCGAACCCUUCCCUGUGCUAUCUGCGACCAGAUGGAGCCGCUUGGCGAUCAACACAUCUCCUGCAGAGAGUGUCGCUUGACGGUGCAUCGCCACUGCUAUGGUGUCGUGGACAAUCGCAUCCAAGGCAAGUGGAUUUGCGACAUGUGCUCAAAUGACAAGAGCCCGCAAGUCUCCAUCCAAUACAAGUGCGUCCUGUGUCCUGUCGAAUUCACUGAACAGGACUUCAUCGAGCAGCCCAAGCUCACGCAUCACAAGAAGAAGAUGUCCGACAAGGAUCGUGAGCGUGAGAGGUUGGAGGUGCAGCAGGCGCGGAACGCUGCCGAGUUCUACCGCAAGAGACAGGAAGAUCUGAACCGCCCCGUCAACCCCCGAGAACCUCUCAAGCGUACUGCUGAUAACAACUGGGUCCAUGUCACUUGUGCAGUGUGGACUCCCGAGGUGAAGUUUGGCAACGCCAAGGCGUUGGAACCGUCGGAGGGUAUCCCGUCGAUCCCCCGCGCCAGAUAUGACGAGACGUGCCAGGUCUGCAACCAACAAGGAGGUGCCUACCACGUGGAGUGCGCUCGGCAGGCAGGCCACCUUCUUGCAUUCGACAUCACACCUGUGAAGAGUAGCCGCCGCGACCAGUUCAACAUUGUGACGCUGAAGGGGGAAAGCGGAAUCAUGUCGGCCGUGCUGUGGUGUCAGGAUCACAUUCCUACCAAGACUGUCGCUCACAAGAUGUACGAUGUCGUCGACGAGUCGGGACUCAACGCACUGCAGCUCUACGCUCAGAAUUACAAGCAGGCAGAUUUGACGCUGACGGGCACGGUGCGCAAGGCCAACCUCAUGAUGGCUGCUGCCAAGAUGUCGGGCCUUCCCGUCGUGCCGGGCGCUCGACGGACAUCGACAGGUAUCACGACGACGGCGGCCGCCCCAAAUGGCGCGUCGAAUCAUUUGCGCAACAGGGAGCCGAUGGACGCAGCGACGAACGCCCAGCAGCCCGGGGAGAAGGUGUGCAUCACCUGUGGCAUCGACGUCACGCCGAGAUGGUGGCCAAUCGAAAAACGACAAGAACGACAGCUGACGAACGGACACCAUGGGGCGAUUGGGUUCGAGGCACAGAAGUUUGUCGAGCAGCGCAAGUUUCAAUGCCACAAGUGCAAGAAGAAUCCCAGAACGCCCAAGGCGUUUGCCGCUGCUGCGCGUCCAUCGCCUCCUCCGCCAGUCGCUGAACCUCCGCGACAGCAUUUGGGCGGACCGCACGGCCAGGCCCCUGCACCGCCAUCGCAACGAAGCCCUUCACGAGUGGCCCCGGCGGAUUACCGAACGGCUCCUCUGCGUCCGGAAAUCCAUUCGCUGAUGCACCAUGCGCCAUCCCAUGCUCCGCCGCCACCACCACCUGGCCCCGGCCCGGCGGCGGCCCAUGGACCGGCGGCCGUCGGGCAUGUGGCCGCGCACUCGCAGGCGCAUUCUCUCGGCCCCCGGCCCGGGCCCGUAUCUCACGGCUAUCCCCAGGUACCGCCGCCAAGGACGUCGUACGGCGACUGGGGAGGCCAGCACGGCUCGCCGACGCGACACAUGAAUGGGGGAGCGCCGCCGCCACCACCGCCGCUGCACAGCACCGGACCGCCCCCAGCAUCGGGUCUCACGGCGCUGCGACCACCGUCCUUGUCGGGACCGCCGGCCGUAGGCCCAGUGUCUGCACCACACCAGCACCCUCAUGGCUCUCCGAUGUACGGAAGCGCGCUGCCCGCUUCACCGCGACGACAGAACGGAAGCACGGCGCCCUCUGCCUAUGCCCCUGCGUACGGGGGUGCCCCCGGGCCGGCGCGAGCGUCGGGGCCCCGACAUAGCGCUUCUCCGGGCCCCAGCAACGGCGUCUUACCCUCGCGUUCGGACGGAUUCUCACACGGACUGCACCCGCAGCGGUCGUCGUAUGCCGGCGGCGCGCACGGGAGUCCCCCCAUGGCUCGAAGCGGUCUGCCCCCGUCAGGCGGACCAACGCCGGCCGGCCAUGAACCAACACACUCGACCGGCGGGCUUGGACAUCGGCCGCCGGAAAACAGACCUGCUAGCGGGGCAAGCGCAAGCCCCUCGCUGCGGAAUCUGCUCUCGUAA